UCUGAGGCAAGUAUAGUGGGAGUACAGAGAGAGGAGAGACCGAGUGCACAGGACGGGUACUGCUUAUAUUCACAGUUUGGACAAGUUUGGGACGGUGCUGGACUUUUGCGGAAACGCAACAGAAAGUGGAGAAACUUGUGCAGAGCAGACAAAGAGUAUUGAGCGAGCUGCCUGCAGAGACACACACAAACUUCCCAACAUCUGGUCCACUGGAGGACGGGGCGAGCCGGAGAGAGAGAAAUUUUGGAGGCGGAGAGUAAAGUAUCUUCGCUGGAGAAAAAUGCAUUGAAUUUGGGAAGUUUGGUGGGCACCUACAUGAGCCGAAAAGAGAUUCGGUGGUCGUGUAAAGUGACAAGAGUGGAGGGAAAGAGGACGGGAAAGGUCUCUGAGGGCGAGAAGUCCACCUGGAGCGGUCAGAGAAUGAAUUAGCCCAAGUGUUUGGCUGCAGCGCGUCCCAGCCAGAGAGAAGGCUCACUCCUUGGCCCCUCCACCUCCUCCCAUAAGAGCCAGGCCUACGCCCAUGGAUGAGGAGAGGAGUGCCCCUGCCAUCUCCCCAGAGCCACCAGAUGAUGGGGACCCCAGUUUACCAGCUCCACAACCCAGUUCGCACACAACCUCGACUGCAGAUACAGCAAACAGCUGCCCGAACCCAAAGCCCUGUCCUAGUCCAGAUGUGGCCCACACCUAUACUGAGCCCCUCAUAUUGAGGUUAAAUGGCACCCCAGAAAGGUUGCUAAGCGAUGAUGGAGACAAGUGGAGCAGCGGCCUCUCGCACACGGAGCUUACGACACCCAGCAAGAGUGUCACAUCUCAACCAUCAGCCAGAUCCACGCCCAUCCACCACACCCAGCCAUGUCGGACACAGCCCAGCAGCCAACUACGCAACGGAGCCAAGCACCACGCGCACACACACUCCCCUCACACGCACUGUCCGCAUCACACACACACACCUCACACGCACACCCUCCAGUCCAAUGGGGUCAGGAACGGGGGCCCUCAUGAGCAUCCUAAGCUGGGCUCCCUCCCCAGAGGCGGAUCAUCCACCUCCUCGUCCUCUUCGGCGGGACCCAAGCACACCAAGAAAUUGCAGUCCAACCCCUCCAUCACCUCCCAGAGCAGCAAGAGGAGCAAGAGCAGCUCCAAGAGCAACAGCUCCCAGAUUCCCACAGAAGCACAGGACGACUGCUGUGUCCACUGUAUUCUGGCCUGCCUCUUUUGUGAGUUCCUAACUCUGUGUAACAUCGUGCUGGACUGCGCCACCUGCGGCUCCUGUGCGGGUGACGACUCGUGUUUCUGCUGCUGCUGUGCUUCGGAGGAGUGUGGCGACUGUGACCUGCCCUGCGACAUGGACUGUGGCAUCAUCGACGCCUGCUGUGAGUCUGCAGACUGCCUGGAGAUCUGCAUGGAGUGCUGCAGCCUUUGCUUCUCCUCCUGAGGACCCCCGCCACCACCACAGGGGGCAAAGUAGACGUCUGCUACACACUCCCACAAGCCCAGGAACAACUUCGACCAGUGCCUUAUCAGAGCUGAGAAGUGCACCACCCAGUCUUUGUUGCCUGGGCUCUGUGGUUUACACUAUAUGGCUGGCCUAGUUGGCUUCACAAAAUGUCCAAUGUUUCUUACAAGGUUUGCCAAGAAAAAGCUGCUGAAAGCAGUCACUGGUGAAUUCUUCCCUCCUUUAUUGAUCAAAUGAUGGGACAGUAGCUUCCCCGCCUUGUCUUUGCUGUCGGUCCAUUGCUACACAGCUGGAUGUAUGGUGCGGAGUGAGUUCCAGCUGUGGUCCACGAGGCUGUGUAGACCGGGCCUCUGGACCCUCACAGAACAAGCUAUUAUUACAAUGGAGCCCCUUGUGCCAUCUGAAUGACUGGAGUUCUCCAAGCAUGAAAAAUGACCUCCAAAGGCAAAUGAGAAAAUGGCUCCAUUUAACCGGAUUUUAGUGUUUCUGAAGAUAAGAGCAGCAGCAUAAUGGGAAAAUGGAUGCUCAGAUCUCAGUAGAAAUGUAGUCUGUCCUCCUGUCCUUGGCAAGGUUAAAGUCUUCCAGUUAGAUUGCUUACAGUGGCCUUUGUGACACACACACACACACACACACACACACACACACCCUUAGCGGAGGAUGUUAAAUCCACUGCUGUCUUUGUCCUUGUUGCAAUGCACAAAAUAGAAAAAACAUUAAUGGUGGCUUGUGGCAAUAUUACAAACUUCUUUUGUCAAUAUGCAUCUCACUUAACAGACUUAUUCAGAGAAGAAACAUGAUCGCGUCAUGCAUCAGCCUGAAGAUGGGUCCCAUUAAAUGAGUACUGUAAGUGAUGGACAUCAGAGCGAAUGGUUGAUAGCAUCGGUCAUGGACACGUUCUCUCCUCUAACAUGUGAAGGGAGAGAGUUCUUAAUCAAAAGUCUCUCCUCGUUUAAUGUUUCACAUCAUGGUGACUCGUACAUUGUUUGUUUGGAGGGUCUUCAGCUGUAUUCAGUGAUUUCCUCCUCAUCUGAAUGGUCAGAACUGGCAAAGGACUGGUAGAGGAUUGGAAGGCAUCAUCUCUUUUUUUAAAUACAUUUCAUUUUUCUUUGUCGUUCUUGCUAUGUGAACAAAUGGCCUUGGCUUAGCUUAAGGUCUGAAUUUUCAAGUAGAUUCCUCGCCUUUACCAAAUCUCUAUUAAUCCUUGUUUUGUAGAUUUUAGUGAAGAUAUUUGCAUUUCUCCUCUAAUGUGAAAAUCACAUUUCUGUGUUAUCGGGUUUCGCCGGGCUCUCUGUUCAGCAGACAUUGCUCAACAUCUAAUUUAAUUCCUUGAGUGAAAAUCUCACGACAUUAUGCUAAGUUAGAUCCAUACGCUCGUAGUAUGAAUGGUACUCUUUUGAUAACAGGCCCGCACUCUCGUACGCUCAGAUGCAUACCUUCACCAACCCAAUACCUCUUGAGAUGUCACCUAGAUCUGUUGUGCAUUUUAAAAUAACUUGAUACAAAUCUCUCUCCUCUCUGAUCAAAUACUGUUUGUGCAAUCCUUUUUUUUCCUUGGAAAUACCAAAGAGUUUUCCUCUUACUGGACCUUGGUUUCUAGACCUACACUUGCUUGUACUUUGAAGGGUCUUUGCUAUGCUAAUGUGGCUGUGGUUGGUUAAACCCUAUUUUUAAGGGCUGAAAUAUAACACUGUUGAUUAAGACUAUACACUAAGGCUGUAAAUCCACCUGAUAACACCAAAGCAGAAAAUGCAAGUUUUUUGGAAAUCAGCUUGCGAAGAUAAUAUGACUCUUCAUGUCUGUUUAUAUCAGAUUGAACGUGUUUCAAAUUUUGACACAUGUUCCAACUCAACUGAGACAAAAUCCUGGAGAGCCCUGGAAAACAAUGCAAUUUCUUUACAGUACAGAGAGAUUUAUGAAGGGAGAACUGGAUUAUGUAAUGUGUAUAGAUGUGAUAACAAUGUCAUUUGUUUGAAUUUAAAACAUAUUCCAAAUGCCGAUUCUGACGAUGUUGCUUCAUCUGGGGAUGUGUUCUCUGUUGCCAGACCUACCAAGUCACAAAACAAUAGGCUGAAUCACAAUGUUUAUCUACAAUAACUUCCAGGUAGAAAACAUAAAACACACAUAAAAUCAAAUAGCACUAAACUAAUGCCGCCUCAAGUAAUUCGUUUUUAGACACCUAAAAGAAGUCCACCAAAAAAAUAAAUAUCAGUUUAAGUGUAUGCUAUAUUUUAAAUAUUUUCACCACUUUACUUUGCUGUCAGACAGCGAUUUGAGAUAGACGUCAUUGAAGCCAUCAUAUUGAAGCCACCAGACUCCACUGACACAAACAGUAAUUUUACUUAGCAGAACACUGGAGUUAAUAGUCCGUCGCCGCUUUGAUCAGUUAGCAUUAGGUGUGGAAAUAACCAAAGGAUCCAUGAUACGAUAUUAUCACAAUACUCAAGUUACAAUACAAUAUUAUUGUGAUAUGCUGAGUAUUGCGAUAAAACAUGUGGCGAUAUAUUACCUUUUUUCAACUGUAAAUUAUUUCACCAAAGGAAGUAAGUUUAAGUCUGUUCAUCUUAAUUAAGCCAUUUUUUUUUUUUUUUUAACUUUUUUUUUGCAGUAGCAAGAUGUAUCUAGUGGACUGAAAAGCAAUUUUCUUUUAUUAUUCUAGUAGGCUACUAAAAGUUUAAUUUCUAUUUGUAAUAUUAGUAAUUUAUAUGAUAAAAAAAAUGCUCCAUGACACGUGAUGAAAAUAUCGUGAUACUUUGCUGUAUCAGUUUUUUCCCCCACCCUUAGUUAGCAUCAAAGAUAAAGCGGGGGAAAUAUACUAAAUAUAGUGUACACUCACACUGAUAGAUUUUAUUGUGAGACUACAUUAAAUUUUGCUGCAGUUACAUCCACAGCAGUACAUACCUGAGCUUCUGUGCUGAUAGAUUUAGUUUAUCAAAGAUGAUAGCAAAGCAACACAGUACAUAACAUUGGCACAGCAGAAAUGUCAGAUAGGUUGGACCCAAGUGUUUAACUAUAUGUCUUUCAACAUUAUAGUUAUGGCUGAAAAUUACAACAGAAACCAACAAAUAUGCCAAUUGCACAUAUCUCUACAAUUGUGUCUACCUGGAAGUGAAUGUUGUUGUUAGCAUGACGUCACAGUGAUGUGGUCUACAGGAGUGAUAAAAAAAACAAAAAACAAAUCUGGUUUGUCAACAACAGAGAUUAAUCAUGACAAAUAAUAAAAAUGAGUCUACAAAUGUUAGUUAGCUAAUAAGCUAAUUUUAGCAUAGCUGGCCUCCACUGGUGACAACAGUGCAGCUACUCUGCCUGUUAGCUGGCAGGGUUACGAUGAACACUUCAUCUUGCUUUCAUCAAACUGCUUUGUUAAAGAGAUAGUUCACCUCCAAAUUCAAAAUGUGCAUAUCUUCCUCUUAAUUGUAGCAUAUUUAUCAGUCAAGAUUGUUUUGGUGUGAGUUGCUGAGUGUUAGAGAUACCAACUGUAGAGCUGUUGACCUUCUCUUCAAGAUGAUGGCACUAGAUGGCACUCCGCAUAUGGUGCUCAUAGGACCAGAAACUCAACAGAAAAACUCAGCAGCAAUGUCUCUUUCCAGAAAUCAUGACCCACUUACUCAAGAUAAUCCACAGACCUUGUUGUGAACAGUUUCAUGCAGGAACUUUUUACUUUCUACCAAACUACAUCCGCCAACUAUAUCACCACACAAAAGGAAGCUAGCUAACCUAACACCACUGAACAAUCUAAUGUCACAGCUCGGCCAAGGGGACCGCUAUUAUACAUCUUGUGCUGUCACAAGCAUGAGCCGAGCACAAGUCUCUCGUUUAUGAGUAGAUGCACACUUCCUU